AUGCCACCCGCUCUGAGCGACUAUGACUUUUCCUUCGAGUCAGAUACAGACACGAACGAGGCUCCUGCUUCGAAGACCCAGGUCUUGGAAAUAAUUGCUUCGGGCAAGAAGAAGCUCCUAGAUCCAGAGCAUGCCUGGGGCGAGCGUGUAGACCUCAACACUGUAAUCUCCAGAAAACGCAAGCGCGGCGGUUUGCUCAGCGGCCUUGACGUGGGCAACAUUGUGGUUCCAUCCGACGAUAUAAUCAUUUCCACAGCUGAAGACAGUGUACCAGCUUCAUCUGUGCCCCCUUCAUCCCACAUGAAAUCUUCCCACAUGACACGGGGAUCCACGAGAGGCACCCGCUCCAACAAUCUUGCCUACAACCAGAAAUACCAUCCGAUGGACGAAUACCUGCGGCCUUCACAGGCUGCUAAGCGCCGAGCAGAACAUGGUCUUGAUGAUGAAGACAACGAUUCAGCAAACUUCGAAGAACAAGAUAAUGGCGACUCCGAUAGUGAGGUUGAGGAUCUGCCGCAGAUGAAGAAGCGUAAGAAGCUUGAUAAGUUCGCUCUACAUCAAGGUACCCAAGGUACCCGGCGAUCUUCCCGCAGCGUUAACCGCGACGUGCUGUAUGACAUGAACAUCCAUCCCCAAGAUUCACAGCUUGAGCAUAUGACCACCGAUAGCACAGUCGACAAGGCUAACGACGAGAAUGACGAUAUUGUUUCUAUUGGAAGCAGCGCAGCUACAGAGGAAGUGGACAAGCCAGAGGUUCGCGAAAGGCUCGAUGACGCCUCGCAUUGGACUGCCUCCUCGCCGCCGCGUUCUACGCCACUUUCGACAAUCUCGAUCGACAAUCUAGAACAACCGUCCAAUCCAAUCCACACCCCGCAAAUCGAUGAAAGAGAACGAUCAUCGCUCAGUCCUCGCUUGCAGCAGACACCCUUUGCCAUACAUGAGGAGCCACUCCAGGUGCAGCUUGCAAAGGAAGCCACAGCCACGGUACCCAUAGACCAUGAGCAUGACGACAAGGAAAAUCCGGUCGAGGAGAGAGAUUCCUACAUGGAACAAGAUGAUCAAUAUCUGGAUCCGUCAAUGUUUGACGGUGCAAACGAUCUGCGCGGUGUCUCCAGCCACCACAAGUGCCGUCCUAGGACGCCUGUCCAAGUCAAUGAUUUUGAUUCCGAUUCGGUCCUCGGUAGUGACACAGACUCGAUCAUCGGUGACUAG